AUGGCACAGGGUGAUUAUAUUGAAUUACAUAGAAAGAGGUUUGGAAGACGUUUUGAUCAUUUUGAAAGACUUCGUAAAAAAAGAGCAAGAGAUGCUAAGUUAAAAGCAUUAAAAGCAAAAACAUUAACUGGAAUUAAAGCUAAAUUAUUCCAUGAACAACAACGUAAAGAGAAAGCUGCAAUGAGAAAGAAGUUGUCAGUUAAUAAAGAAAGUAAAGUUAAUCAAAAAAUUUCAAAUAACGAUCAUGUUGGAGCUAUUCCUUCAUAUUUGAUGGACAGAACUCAAGUAUCUAAAGCAAAGGUAUUAAGUAAUAUGUUAAAACAAAAACGUAAAGAGAAAGCAGGAAAAUGGGAUGUCCCAUUACCAAAAGUUAAACCUAUUGCUGAAUCAGAAGUAUUUAAAGUAUAUAAAUCAGGUAAAAGACAAAAUAAAGCAUGGAAACGUUUGGUUACUAAAGCUACUUUUGUCGGAGAGAAUUUCACAAGAAAACCACCCAAAUAUGAACGAUUUAUUAGACCUGCAGCUAUGCGUUUUACUAAAGCUCAUGUUACUCAUCCUGAGUUAAAGACAACAUUUAAUAUGAAAAUACUUGGAGUUAAAAAGAACCCACAAAGUCCAUUAUACACUCAACUUGGAAUUAUUACCAAAGGUUCUAUUAUUGAAGUAGAUGUGUCUGAGUUAGGUCUUGUAACAUCGUCCGGUAAGAUUGUAUGGGGUAAAUAUGCACAAGUAACAAAUAAUCCAGAAAAUGAUGGGUGCAUUAAUGCUGUUUUAUUGGUUUGA